GACUUCAUUUUUUCUUACCAAUUCAAAAAAAAAUUCCCAAUUUUUGACAAACUGAACAGUGAGGAAUUUUCCCUUUUUGCGUAAGCUCACUGUGAUCUAUCUUCAGUCCCACACAAAGCAGAGAGCAAUCAAACCACUACAAGUAUUUUUUUUUUCACUGUAUAAUAGUAUUACUGUCUUUGCUUUUUGUAGGUAUAUUUGCUUCUUAAUUAUUCUUGUUGCUCCAUAAGCUGUGGGGUUUGUUCAAAUCAUAAUUGUUGCUUCUUCUUUUGGGGCAGCGACUUAAUUGAACAUUUCCCCUUUUCCCCUUUCCUUUAUUCUUCUCACCGGAGUGCAAGAUCAUAAUUUAGUUAGGAAUUGCUUGGUAAAGAUUUCAUUUUUAUUGAAUUUAGGGCUGCCCAUUUGCCUAAUUUGCCCAAAUUUGAUUGAUCUGGUUUGAGCCUUGAAUAUUUUAUGGUGAAUCUUUGAUUUCUUGGGGUUUUGAAUGAGCUGUGUGAUUAUGUUGUGUGGUGAGAUAUGAGAGUUAGGGUUAUUGUGAAAUGGGGUGUGUAUUUGGGAAAGAGAUUUCGUCGUCUGAGCGAGGUAGUGGAGAUGUAGCUGGAAAGGGGAGAGGGAGAGGGGAAGAGAGGGAUUCUGGGAGGAAGGAGAAGGUAGUUGUUGGAUCAGUAGAUAAGGCAGAAGGAGAGGCUGCUAGUGUUGGUGUUGAUGGUGGAAGCCAGGCUCCGAAUGGCCGGGAUAAGGAGGAGAGGAAGGAAGGGAGUGCUCGGCAGCCUAGAGGCGAGAGGAGACGGUCUAGGCCGAAUCCGAGGCUGAGCAAUCCUCCUAAGAAUGUCCAUGGUGAGCAAGUGGCUGCUGGAUGGCCUUCUUGGCUCUCUGCUGUGGCAGGCGAGGCGAUCAAUGGGUGGACGCCUCGUCGUGCUGAUUCGUUUGUAAAGAUUGAUAAGAUUGGGCAAGGUACUUAUAGUAAUGUGUAUAAAGCUAGAGACGCUAUAACGGGGAAAGUUGUGGCCUUAAAAAAGGUUAGAUUUGAUAAUUUGGAGCCCGAGAGUGUGAGGUUCAUGGCUAGGGAGAUUUUGAUCCUGCGUCGUCUGGAUCAUCCCAAUGUGCUGAAACUGCAAGGAUUAGCGACAUCAAGGAUGUCGUGUAGUUUGUACCUUGUUUUCGAUUACAUGGAGCAUGAUCUGGCUGGUCUUGUUUCAAAUCCCGGGAUCAAGUUUACAGAACCUCAGGUCAAGUGCUACAUGAAUCAGCUGUUGUCUGGCCUUGAACACUGUCACAACCGCCACGUCUUGCAUAGAGACAUUAAGGGCUCGAAUCUCCUCAUCAGCGAUGGAGGAGUUCUUAAGAUAGCCGAUUUUGGAUUGGCUUCCACGUUUGAUCCCAAUCACAAGCAGCCCAUGACUAGCCGUGUGGUCACUCUGUGGUAUAGGCCGCCCGAGCUGCUUCUAGGGGCCACCCACUAUGGUGUAGGUAUUGAUUUGUGGAGUGCCGGUUGCAUUUUAGCAGAGCUAUUUGCCGGGAAGCCAAUCAUGACGGGCCGGACAGAGGUGGAACAACUUCACAGGAUCUUCAAGCUAUGCGGUUCUCCACCUGAAGAAUAUUGGAAGAAGUCGAAGCUUCCUCAUGCGACCAUAUUCAAACCACAGAAUUCGUAUAAAAGAUGCAUAAAGGAGACGUUUAAAGAUUUCCCUCAGUCAGCAUUGUCUUUGAUUGAUACUCUACUAGCAAUUGAUCCAAGCGAACGACAAACUGCUACGGCUGCGCUGAAGAGUGAAUUUUUCACAACCAAGCCGUAUGCGUGUGAACCUUCCAGCCUUCCGAAAUAUCCACCUAGUAAGGAGAUGGAUGCCAAGCGUCGUGAUGAAGAAGCUCGAAGGCUAAGAGCUGCUGGUAAAACUCAUGCUGACGGUGCAAAGAAACCUCGGGCACGUGAAAGGGCAAUGCGGGGAGUUCCUGCUCCCGAAGCCAAUGCUGAGCUUCAGUCUAAUAUUGAUAGACGGCGUCUGAUUUCCCACGCCAACGCAAAGAGCAAGAGCGAGAAGUUCCCUCCUCCGCACCAGGACGGAGGGCUUGGCUACCCUCUGGGGGCAUCUCAGCACCUCGAUCCGAACUUUGAUCCUCCCGACAUACCCUUCAGCUCGACUAAUUUCUCGUACCCUAAAGACCCGAUGCAGACUUGGUCCGGCCCGUUGGCGGAUCCUGCUGGCGUCGGAGCCCCAAGAAGGAGGUCGAAACCAUCGAAGGAUAGUCGGAAGGACAAGAACUCGAGCCGGAAUAAGGAGAGCCAAGACUUGUAAUGGAACACACACUCUCUCAUCACAUGCUUGAAAGAAGGUGCAGAUUAUUGUGUUAUAGUGUAUCAUCUUUGGCGGGAAAAUUUUUCCAAACUGUUUUAAGAGGUAACAUAUGUGAAAAUAUAUCUUCUUGUUGAUGUCAUUUCUUUAUUUUGCAACACAGACUACUUUUAUUAUACAUUUCUAAUGUCAAAACUUAAUUCAUUUUUUUUAAGCUUUUGCAACAAUAUUGCAUAUUUCUUGAUGGGGAAAUUAGUUUGUUUUAGUUUAAGGAUUCUUGAUUUUGUGUUACAUGGUGUAGAAAUUUAAUGAAAGUUGGAAAUUAAGUUGGAGACAGCUCAUGGAGGGAUAAUUGUGUAAAAUUCAACCUCCAUCUAUUGAAUUUGUGAAGAGAAAAGAUAGGUGAAAAAAUUAAAAUACUUAUGAGAUGGGAGCAAUAAAAUUGCAAAAACAUAGGAAAAGAGAAAGCCAAUAGAAAAGGAAAAUGUGGAGUUUAUGUUGUUUAAAUAAAUGAUACGUGGACAUGUUCAUGCAACAACAUGCAAUAUGUUCCAAAUUCCACCGUCUCAUACUCACAUAAAUACAAUCAAACACUCCCUAUUUUCAUUUUAUUUGGGUUUCAUAUUUAGGCAAAAAAUUGAAGUUAUGAAGCCACUGAGUGGGCAUGGUGGGCCGGGCCCGGGCCCGGGCCGGAGAUCGAGCCUACUACAUGGUUGUUUCUACAACUUGUGCACUGCUAUCUGUUCCUGCUGCUAUGUAUUCUCUUGUUGCUGGCUGUUGGAAGACUGCUUUGGGGGGCAGCGUAGCUUUCCCUGGCCGGCGUAUGGAUCGCCGGAACCACCACCGCCGCCGCCGACGGUGGUCACCGGGCAUCACCAUCAUGGGAUAAUGGGCUCUGUUAUAGGAGGCCCACCGGGCCCACCAGGCCCAUAUAGUCACCCCGGCCCAUAUGGUUACUCUGACGAACCGCCACCGCCUCCUUAUAGUUAUAGAUGAUUUUAUGCAUUUUUCUUCACUGAAAUAAUGUUUUUCCCUUUUGUUUAUGACUUAAUUAUGUGUAUCUACACCUUUGUUGUCGCAUUUUUAAUUUGAUAUCAAUAAUGUUUGUCUCACAAA